AUGAAGAAACUUCCAAGGCCACGUCAGGAAUUGAACCCCCCAGCAUCUGCUGAAGCUCACGAUGACGUAAUCCAACUCACUCCUACUCGCGAUGCAGAUGCCGAGCCCGGGAAAGAAGAUAACGACGACCUCUGGAGCUCGCUCGAAACUCACAACAUAGACAAGAAGACAAACAAAGAUCCAAAUCCGGAGCCAGAACUACUAGAGCCUCCAUCUCCAGCUGAACUCGAAAACGAGUCCAAAAAGAAGCCUCAUGAUAUGCCUUUGUGGCCUAACAAUGAAUUCAGGAUUCUCAGCUCCAGAAACCAAGAAGGUAGUGCCAGGAGUCAAUCGGAAUCAUCCAUAUUUGAUCGAGGUGUUCGCAGCAGAGCAACCCUUCUAACGACGGUGGCUACCUCACUGCCUAGAACCAAAAAUCAAGCUGACCCUGGCGGGCCGAUAGCAACCACGCCGGGUAUGGGAAUGGAAGCGGAGCAACCAAACUUGAGCCCCGAGACCAAGGAUGCCUGUACGGACAACUCCGAUGCAGAGACCUCAUACUCACUGGAUACCAUGGUCGAUGAUCCCACAACUUUCUACCUCCAGGCCUUCUCAGAUCUGACAUCGUGA